UUGACUUUUACUCACUCACUCUAAGGCGAUCCACGCGAGCUGCCGCAGUCACGUGCCUCUCCUUCUCUCUCUCUCAUUCAUAAUAGAAAAUAAAAAAAAAAAAAAAACUUAUUAGUUUUGCAUUUUUAUUAAAUUAACCGAAGCGGUUGUCGUGUUCGUUGUCCGGCUACGACAAUAAUAGUAGUAGUGGUGUGGUGGGCGAGUGCGUUCGUCUUUAAUUGAACCGAGAAAAAAAAAACAGGAAAAAAUGAGGAGUUUACGUGAUGGUGGUGCUUUUUUCGGAUUUUUUUGGUUUGCCGUGAUGACGUCACUGAAGGCGGAGGAGUACAACGUAUUCAGUGAGUCGAAUUCAUGGUCCUUAGACCCCACCGAUCAAGUGGAACGGAUAUUCGCCUCCCUAUGCGAAAACUACCACCUCAUCCACGAAAAUGAGGAAAUCGACUGUGCGAACGUCCGAUUUAAGCCCAAAGACCCUUUGGAGGAAGACCACGUGAUCAGGAGACGUGAGGUCGAUGAGAACCCCGACAUCGAGGGCUCCGGAGUAACUGACGAGGACGGCAAAGCUGUGGAACUCGGCCCAGAACCCUCUCAGCCCUCAGACGAGCAAAAUUUACUAAUCAAAGAAGAGGCAAAGGAGGAGGACCCCAAAGAGAAUGCCAACCAAACACAUCAGCCCAAAGAAGCCGCUACAACUCCCUUACCGGUCAUUCAACUAUUCGAACUUGCUACAGAAACUACAAAACCUGAACAAGCUCCCACCGCAGUCUCCCAAACACCUCAACCAUCAGAAGAGCCAAUUAAAACCUCGUCGGAAGCACCAGAAACCACUACAACUAGUUCUUCUACAGCAGCAACUAUACAAGAACCCAUGGAGACUAAAACUACUACGGUAGUGGAAACGACUGUGGCCUCAGUAAAAGAACCAGAAGCAAUCAAUGGGGAGCUCAAAGAACCCAAGGAACUUGAGAAGGUUGAAGAGACCGAAACAGAAAAGACGGCGGGUGCAAUGGAAACAACUAAACAAGAGGCCAUGGACAUUAAAACCACUACAGUAGUGAACGAUGUGCAGACGACUGUAGUAUCAGUUAAAGAACCAGAAGCAAUUAACGAGGAACAGUCUGGAAAUGCUGUUUUACUCAAGGCACCCAAAGAGCACGGGAAGACCGAAGGGAGUGAAACGGAAAAGGUUAUCGAUAGUAUACAGUCCAGUGCCAAGGAAACCGUUGGAGAAAAUGAUAAAGUUUUGUCUAUUGUGGAGGAUAAGAACGCCUCCAAUACUGACCCAGCAUUAGCAGAAAGUUCAAAAACGGUAAAUCGAGCGGGAGGAAAAGACGCCACCCUGCUCAUCUCCCUCUUUGUGGUGGUGUUGGUCAUAGGUGCGGCAGCUUUUGCCCACAACUACAUCAAGAAACGUAAACAAAGAGCACAAGAAGAGACUAACGCCAAUGUGCUCAAAAGAACUCCAGCCACUAAUGGUAAAAACGACACUGACAUUGAACAGGGCACAGAAAUGAAACCCCUUAUGAAGAACGAGGUGGUCAAAGAGUAUUCGGACAGCAAAAAAGAACCUGAGCCCUAAAGAACUUUAGGGGUCCGUAGGGUGUGCUUUGUGAUAUUUUUUAGUCAGUAUAAUGUACUUAUUAUUUUCCUUGCAAUGUACAAACUUUUGAGGUAACAUCAAAUUAAGAUCAACAGUUAGGUGUAUUAGAUUUAAGUGUGUGUGUAUAGAUAAGAACUUGGUUAUUUACUUUAAUAAAUAUUAAUAAUACAUU